UAAAAUUUAUGGUCACACACAUACAGAAAUCUUCAAGCAGGACCAUAAAUUGGUGUGUAAAGCGGUGCAAUAAGGGCAGCCGUCCCAUUCUCUUUUCGAAUGGCGUAACGUAGCUGGUGGAAAGCCCUGGGUAGGGUCUAUGGUGCAGUUUUGUUGGUUCUUCGCCUGCUAUGGCUGAAGCAGGAACGGAGCCUGAUGAUCAGUACCCGUCUGGCUUUCCAAUCUUCGCACCCGAGGACUUUGAAUUGAUCUGUGCUAUUGGCAGUGCAUUUCGCCACACCACCGUCAUCUAUCUGGCUCGCCACGUUCUGUCCGACCAGACUGUAGUAAUACGCCGCUGCAACGCCGACUUGCUGACGGACGAUGAGCUGCAGCAGCUGGCGUGGGAAGCCCAAUCGAGCCACUGGCUGCAGCACAGCAAUGUCAGUCCGUUUCUAGCUAGCUUUGUUGCUGGCAUGGAGGUGUGGACUGUUGGCCAGCUCAUGCACUAUGGCUCGUGUUCCGACAUCAUCAGCGCGGGCUUUCCAUUUGGUCUCUCCGAGCUGGUCAUUGCCUUUAUCCUGUAUGACACACUGCAAGCACUGGCCUACUUACACCGAAUGGGAUACAUACACCGUGGUGUGACAUUGCGUCACCUUCUCGUUGGUCUGGAUGGCCACAGUCGUCUUGGAGGUCAACGGUGUAUGCUAGACCAGUACCACCAUGGUGUGCAGCACAAAAAAGAAUUUCUCUUUGACAGUCCCGUCACCACUUUCCCCUGGCUGGCACCGGAAGUCUUAGAGCAAAAUCUAGCUGGCUAUGAUUAUAAAUCUGAUAUUUAUAGCAUAGGUGUAUGCGCCGUGGAGCUAGCUCACGGAGUCACGCCAUUUGCAGACAUGACUACCACCCAGAUGCUGCUUCUGAAGUUGACCUCUGAUCCACCUACUCUGGUUGAGCCACCGACAGGCCCUAAGAGGUUCUCAGCGCAUUUCCACUCGUUUGUGAAUUCCUGUUUAGACAGAGAUCCUGGCAAGCGGCCGAGUGCUACACGGUUGCUACUUCAUCCUUUCUUUAAGCAGAUUAAACGGAAAGAUUGUGGAGUGUGGAUGGUUCCACAGCUCAUUUAUCCCGUCUAUCCACUCAACCCAGAGAACCAGGAGAUCUCUGGUGAUGAAGGUCCUUUACCUCUAGACUCGCUUCUGGACUACAACGACCCGCCUGAACCGUUCUGGGACUUUGACACGAACCCACCAAUGGCGGCCGCUGCAGCAACAGCAGAAGCUGCAGCAACAGUGCAGGAAACAUGAUGUGUGUGUGUGUGCCUACGUGUGCGUGUGUCUGUCUGUCUGCAGGCACGGGUAUGCGUGGCAUGCGUGGUCUGUGUGCUACUCACCGCGUGUAUCGCUGCCGUCACCCUGACAACCCAACACUAUAGGCUCUUCUAGUCUUGUUAAUGCUGGGUCUUAUUUUGUGAUUGCGCACGCGCGCGUGCGCGCACACACACAUGCACAUACACACACAUACAUACACACGCAUACAUACACAUACACACACACACACACACGCACACACUCUCUCUCUCUCUGUCUCCCUCUUUCUCUAUAUAUCUCUAUCUGUCGUGUCUGUCUCUCUCUCUCUCUCUCUCUCUCUCUCUCUCUCUCUCUCUCUCUCUUUCUUUCUCUCUCGUCUUUUACCGUGCUCUAGUUCACAUGAAAUUAAUAGUGAUAGUAUGCAAAGAACUGCGGCACACCCCCUACACGCACACAUAUAUACAUAGAUACACGUGUGUGCUUACAUAUAUGCAUAGAAAGAGAGAUCCACAUGCGCACGAUCAGCCAGAGGAAGUAUAUAGCUCCUCGCCGCCACGUGCAUGCACAUAUACACACAUGCACAGGCGUGUUUUUUGUUUUGUUUUUAAAUUAUCACUACGAUAGAGUAGACGAGAUGGGGCCCUCGCGGCAACACCCGCUAUUCCAAUACUACUUGUCAUAGUGUAGGAUUUGUACAGGCACCUCUGCUCUAGCCAUCUUUAUCCUCUUAUGGCCCCCUGCAUGUCUUCUCGAUAACUGCAGCGGUUUUAUUUCACCUCUCUCUCUCUCUCUCUCUCUCUCUCUCUCUCUCUCUCUCUCUCUCUCUCUCUCUCUCUCUCUCUCUCUCUCUCUCUCUCUCUCUCUCUUUCUCUUACUUGAAAAAGUACUUGCGUUCUUGUUCUCAGCUUCCCCGUGUUGAUUGGCUGUAUCUUGAUUGUUUUUUUAUGUUCUCAAUGGAGUCCAUUAGUGUACCGGUUCUAUCUCUCUAAAACUUAGCUUUUAUUCGGUAUUUUGCAAGGUGCUUUAUUUGUACCUUGUUUCUUCUUUUGUCGCUGUGUCCGUUGUGGUUGUCGCCGUCGAAUAGACUGCAGAAGUGUAUGCUUGUGUUUGUUGUAACUUUUACUGCUGUCGUUCCGCUACCCCCUGCUGCUCUUUCUGCUGGCAAGAACACUAUUAUACUCUAUUAUCCUUAUCGCCUCUCUGCUUCAGAAUUGGUCGCCGCUACCUACCUGCCAAAGUUGAGAAGUUCAAUCGUGCAUUCCAACGUCACAUUUGUACAUUAUUUAGACUGGCUAAGUUUGUGUACAGCUUUGUAUGUCGUCGCUGCAACGUAGUCGUGUAUGCAUUGGUAAAGAGUUGUAAUUCAUCAUGUUCAAGAUCAACCGCUGACCUCACUGGGCUUGUGAUAGCUGUACUAUGAUAAGUUAGUCUAUUAUUAUUUAUACAUGUAUCUACUUCUACUUUGUCAUAAUUAUAUAGGGCCAAUAAACAAAGAAUCUGAUCGAUCCUGGA